AACGCUGUCAUCUUGUCAUCUCCAUGAAAUAAAGUGAACAACAAGCACCUGGUAGUUACAGGCUGGGGCGGUCGGGUCCGGGGAGGAGACAGCCUCGGACUGCGAGUAGGAGUACUUUAAUGAAAUAUAGUAGAAACAACUAUGUUCCUUUAGUGCAAAACCGGGGCCCCCAAAGCAUUCACUUUGGAGAGUCUUGCGGCUGAACUCGUCGCCUCCGGAAGCUUGUCAUUUCUUUCGGCGUCCAACUCAGGUUCUGAAAUCUCCCCAGCACCCUGGGCGAAAGGACAGCGUUUUCGGGGAGGGGCUAGCAAAAACAAGGUCGCAUUCAUUGGCUCAUAGGCUUUUGGGGCGGGGUUGUCACCUCGUUAAGCUUAAAUGUCACAUCCGGAAGAGUCGCCCUAGGAACAGCUCGGAGCUUCUUCCGGGUAUCUAGUACUUCCUCCCGGACCGCUUGGGCGGUAGGGCUAACACCUCCAUGGCUCUGCCGCCUUUCCCCGGCCGCUUUGCCCCCGCCUGUCCGGUCCCGCCGCCACCGCCACCUCCUCCCCCUCCCGCUCCGUUCCGAUGCCUUCCCUUCGGGCCUCCCCCGCCUCCCCAAGCCUUUCCGCCUCCACCGCUACCUCCGCGGCUGGGCCCCUUCCUGGGGACCCCAGGCCCUAGCGCGGGCCCCUUCCUGCCGCCGCCGAUCCCGCCGCCCCCCAUCCCGCCACCGCCUCCUCCCCCACAGUGUAGGCCCUUCCCGGGGCUCGAGGGCGGAGAGCGGCUUCCUCCACCUUCCCCGGCCCCUCCGUGGGCCCAGCGCUGGGCAGAGGCUCCGCCACCCGACGGGCUCGGGGACGCGGCCCUCCAGCGCCAGCGGGACCGCCAGUGGCUGGAGGCCGUCUUCGCAGCCCCACGGCGAGCGAACGGCCCGCCGGUGGCUGGGGAAGCGGGGGCGACAGCUGCUCCUUCCGGCCCCAGCCUCGGCGAGCUCCGGGGGCGGCUGCGCGGAGCCCUGCGCCUGGUGAGCCGGCUGCGCGGCCUGUGCCGGGCUCUGCGCGAAGCCGAGGCCGACGGGGAGGCCUGGGAGCGGCUGCAUCAACAGGCGGCCCCGCUGCGGGAGCAGCUGCGCGGGGCCCUAGAGCCGCUCGGCCAGCCCGCCUACGUGGGCGCGGCGCGGCGGAAGCUGGAGCGUGUCCGGCGGCGGCGGCAGCGGCUCCGGGAGAGGGCCCGCGAGCGCGAGGCCGAGCGCGAGACGGCCCAGGCCCUGGCGGCCGAGCGCGAGGAGGAGAUCGACCGCUGGAGGAACAAGUGCGUGCAAGAAGUGGAGGAGAAGGCCCGGGAACAAGAACUCAAAGUUGCUGCUGAUGGUGUAUUAUCUGAAGUGAGGAAAAAGCAAGCAGAUACCAAGAGAAUGGUGGAUAUUCUUCGAGCUUUAGAGAAACUGAGGAAACUGAGAAAAGAGGCUGCUGCUAGGAAAGGAGUUUGUCCACCUGCCUCAGCAGACGAAGCUUUUGAACAUCAUGUAGAGAGACUGAGGAAAUUAAUCAAAAAGCGCACUGAACUGUAUGAAGCUGAAGAAAGGGCACUAAGAGUUAUGUUGGAAGGAGAACAAGAAGAAGAGAGAAAAAGAGAAUUAGAAAGGAAACAGAAAAAAGAAAAAGAGAAGAUUUUACAUCAGAAACAAGAAAUAAAUUCCAAGUUAUUUGGGGGUCCAGAUGAAUUCCCACUUACUCACCUCCUGCAGCCCUUCAGGCAGUAUUAUCUACAGGCAGAACAUUCCUUACCAGCUCUCAUUCAGAUCAGGCAUGAAUGGGAUCAGUAUUUGGUGCCAGCAGAUCAUCCUGAAGCAACCUCAGUCCCUCAAGGAUGGGUCAUUCCUACACUCCCCAGUAGUGAUGCCUGGGCAGCCGCACUCAGACUGAACCAAUGAAGAUAGUCUUGUGAAUGCUCUUGGGUUCCUCUGCAGACUAAGCCAAGGGAGAACCUCUGGACUCACUUGGGCAGCACUGAGUGAAAGUUUUAUUUCCUGUGCUAGAGGGGCCGUUUUAGUCAGUAGGCUAAUAUGUUCCUCAGGAAAGGUCAGGGGGCUUGGAGGAAGGGAUGGGAACUGUGCUCUUACUGUAUAGAAUGGCCUUUGUUGUUGCACUUUUAAACUGAAUUUGCCCGUUUUGAAGGGGUGGUCAAAUGUAACUUCUCUUAUGCAUUGUGUGUGGGUACGUUCAUGCACACAAACAGAAAAUCCAGGUAUGCACUGUUGAUCUUUCCUGAAAGAUCUGAAAAAAGAGCUGGUGUUUCCUGGAAAUGGAGGCUUCUGAAUGGGUAUUAAGGCUAAAUCAUUCAUUCAUUCAUUCAUUCAUUCACUCCAUCUAAAGUCUUAAGUGCUAGGUUGGUACUAAUAGUCUUUAUAAAGCAAAAAUGACACAGUCUUGUUUGAACAUCCUUAGCUGGAGUGAGGCCUGCAUGUUUAAGAACAGAUCAAAGCACUGAUGAGAACAGUUCUUAAGCUGCCUCCCUCUUGCCAGCCUCCCCCAACCAGAGCUUUGAAGCUUCAUUGUCAGUACUGCUUGUAUCCACACUACAAGAGAAAACAUAUUGGUAGUACUCAGUUGCUUACAGCCUGGGUUGGGUUGCCUUGGCUUUUGGAUAUCAGAUCUUCUGAUCUGGCCUUUGUUCUUUAGGAAACUUGAACAAGGUAUUGAAUACCUCUUUCCACAGGUUGGCUAUAUCUGCCUUAAUUGUAGGGCCAUGCCUCUUCAGCAGAUUGAAAGCCCUAAUGUAAAUCAUUUCUGUAUAGAGGCCCAGCAUCUUUAUGGACAAAGAUUCUAGUUUGCCCCUUGGAGCAGACUUCCUGACCUGAAACUGUUACACAUUAGAGGAAAUAUAAAGCUAAAUUAUAGAGUGGAUUUUAAAUUGUUUACCUGUAGCUAGCUCAUCAAUUGUAGAUGAGACAGCUGUUGAAAUGUUGCUUGUCUUCUGUAGGGAACUGCUAAAGCAGUGCUCGUUCAUGCGCGAGCGCUCUCUCUCUCUCUCUCUCUCUCUCUCUCUCUCUCUCAUAUAUAUAUAUAUAUAUAUAUAUAUAUAUAUAUAUAUAUAUGAUAACACAGGCUGAGAGGACAGAUUUUCAGAGUAAAAUUUAUUUUCAUCAAUGAAAUGCUGUUCUUGAAGAUACUCAGUACUGUAAAAUAAUAGUUUACAUACGCUUUAGCCAGAUGGUAUAAAAUUAAUUUAUAUUUUUAUAAAGCCAAAUAAACA